AUGACUACAGAGAAAAAAAGCAGAAGGCCAGUUGACUCGGCAUUCAAACAGCAACGACUCAGAGCUUGUCAGCCUAAUCUGACACCAAAGACAGUUCUGCCUGUGUUUCUCAUCGUUGGCAUCCUUUUUGCGCCCAUUGGCGGUCUUCUUCUCUGGGCCAGUGACACUGUUGCCGAGCUCAUAGUUGAUUACACGGAAUGUGACAAGGCUGGACUAGAAUUUGUCCCUGUUCCCACGGAAUCCUUUACGAGCAAUUUCCCGGGUUCUGCAGGUGAUGACGCAUCAACACCAUCACCCGAGUACAGGUCCAUCCAAGCAGUGGGCUCUGGUAACAAUGUGACCUGGCCAACGAUGCGAUGCACGGUUAAGUUUCAUAUACCAGUAAAAAUGAAGCGGCCCGUUUUUGUCUUUUAUCGCCUCACGAAUUUCCAUCAGAACCACCGCCAAUGGAUUAAGAGCAUGGACAUGAGGCAACUUGCAGGCGAGAGACGAUCUGUAGAAGAGCUAAAGGCCGGUGGUUGCGAUCGACUCGCUGUUGUUGAAGAGAACAAUGUGACCUACCCCAUUUAUCCUUGUGGACUCAUGGCUAACUCAAUGUUCAAUGAUAGUUUCGGUCUUGCUUUCAAGCCAUUCGACGCAACAACAAACGACAAUAAGACAUAUCUGCUAAUUGAUAAAGGGAUUGCUUGGGAUGGUGAUGCAUCGAAAUAUGCAAAAUAUUCUUAUGAACUAUCCGAGAUUCGACCACCACCCAACUGGAGAAACUAUCCAAAUGGGUAUUCUGAAGCUUCUCCCCCGAUUAAUGUGGCGGAGGAUGAGCAUUUCCAGGUAUGGAUGCGAACCUCUGGAUUGCCCAAUUUUCGAAAGAUUUACGCCAAGAAUGAACAAGACGAUCUCCCCGUUGGCACAUAUACGAUUGACAUUGACAUGAAUUACAAUGUGACAUCGUUUACUGGCACAAAAUCGAUCGUCAUUUCCACAGUGUCAUUCAUGGGCGGUCGUAAUCCGUUUUUGGGGAUCGCCUAUGUGGUUGUAGGUGUACUCUGCGUCGUUCUCGGGUUUUUAUUUGUAGCUCGUCACCUGUACAAGCCCAGACGAUUGGGUGAUCAUACCUUUGUUGCUUGGGACAACAAUCAUAGGCUCGCUAAAACUAUAUCAUCCAAUAGCUCAAACCAUCGUCAUGACUUUGAAGAGUCUGAGGGUGAAGCAUUUCCCCCAUCAGCAACUACAACAGGGGCUAGUGCACGAUACUAA